ACACAACGCAUUUAAAUCACAUGACCUGUCGUCACGACGUGUUUGUAGCUCAUCCGGGUCAAAAGGCGUCAGCAUGGACACGGGGGAUGUUCUUGCAUCUCUGGGGGUAGAGGGAGCCACUGCGGCUGCGCAUGCGCUCUCUCUUCCAGCAGAGGCGUAUGGAAAUGAUGCCCAACUGGAAGUAAUGUGGGCUAUGAAAGCCUACAAUCACGCAGAAGUUUACUAUAAUCUUAUUUCCUCAGUUGAUCCCAAGUUUCUAAAACUAACAAAAUCAGACGAGCAGAUAUACACUAAAUUCCGGGAAGCAUUUCCUGACCUUAGUAUUCAAGUUCUGGACCCAGAGCUGCUGAAGUCAGCGGAUGCUAAAGAGAAAUGGAGGCCCUUUUGUAGCCAGUUUGAAGGAGUUGUAGAAGACUUCAACUAUGGUACAUUAUUACGUCUAGACUGUCAAAAGGACUACACGGAGGUGAACACGAUAUUUGCAACCAGAAUCCAGUUUUAUGCCAUUGAGAUUGCGAGAAACAGAGAAGGAAACAACAACUUUGUCCACAAUGCCAAUUCAAAAACCAAACAACAGAAGAAAGAUAAGAGCUAAUCAUAACAGCUUACUAUUUGAAGUGGCCGCCUUGAUGUAGAGAUCUUUCUACACAU